CUAGAAGCAGGCGAUCGGAUGAAGCAGAUGCGCAAAAAUAUCAUGAAGAUUCUGGAAAAGUGCUCCAGUUUUGUUGCUUAUUUUGACGCUGAACUUGCACAGUGCACGGACUACUCUGCAUUUGUAAAAGCAAUCGGAGUGUUCGCUCUCGAUGUUUGUGCAUGUUUUUGUGAAACGUUUCGCUUGGAACUGUUUACUGUGAAUACGGGCUGUGAGUACUCUGUACUUGAUUCUGCAAAAUUAUACGACAUCCAUGCGCAGGGACUGAAUGGUGAUUACAGGGAACUUGAGACUGCGAACUGCUCAGGACGGACGAACUACCUCCUAACUGAUGAAGCCGGUGGUGUCAGAGUGGCACUGCAGUAG